GCGCCUGGGCCCGGGCGGUGGUGGCGCGGCGCCGGCGGUAAUGGCUUCGGGACUGGGCGGCUGACCGCUGGGCUAGCAGUGGGCCCCGCGCCCGGCAUCUCGGCGGCCGCCGCCCCAGCGCGCCCCGCACUAUGGCCACUUCCGCCGCUUCCUCGGAGCACUUUGAGAAGCUGCACGAGAUCUUCCGUGGCCUCCAUGAAGACCUUCGAGCUGUGCCCGAGCGGCUGCUGGGGACAGCCGGGACCGAAGAGAAGAAGAAGUUAAUCAGAGAUUUUGAUGAGAAGCAACAGGAAGCAAAUGAAACGCUGGCAGAGAUGGAGGAAGAACUACGGUAUGCACCCCUGUCUUUCCGUAACCCCAUGAUGUCUAAGCUACGAAACUACCGGAAGGACCUUGCCAAACUCCAUCGGGAGGUGAGGACUACACCUUUGACAGCCACACCUGGGGGCCGAGGAGACAUAAAGUAUGGCACAUAUGCCUUAGAAAAUGAACAUAUGAAUCGGCUACAAACUCAAAGGGCAUUGCUUCUACAAGGCACUGAGAGCCUGAACAGGGCCACCCAAAGUAUUGAGCGUUCUCAUCGGAUUGCCACAGAGACUGAUCAGAUUGGCUCAGAAAUCAUAGAAGAGCUAGGGGAGCAACGAGAGCAGUUGGAACGUACCAAGAACAGAUUGGUAAACACAAAUGAAAAUUUGAGUAAGAGUCGAAAGAUUCUCCGUUCAAUGUCCAGAAAAGUAACAACCAACAAGCUGCUGCUUUCCAUUGUCAUCUUGUUGGAGAUAGCCAUCCUGGGAGGCCUGGUUUAUUACAAAUUCUUUCGCAAGCAUUGAACUUCUGUUGGGGAGUGUUUGUGGACCAGAACCUUGACCCUGUGAAUGAAUGGUGUCAGGGAUAUGGAAAUAAGUAUGUUGCUGCUUUGGGCUAAUCAUUCAAGGAUGUACUGUGUUGCCAGACUGGGAUGAGGGAGGGCGACAAAACCACGUAAAUGUGAAGGAACAACAAGACCACUAUGAUAUACCAAGGUAAUAAAUGCUGUUUAUGUCUUCUUCAAAUUUA